GAGGGAGGGGAGACAGGCAGGGAGAGCGCCGAGCCCACGAAAGAGUUAAAGGGAGGGGACGUGGGCUGUCACGCGUCAUUGGGCAGAUUCUGUGCAGCAAACAAAAAGUGCGCGUCUGUCUGCCAGUCAGUCACUGCAUCGGGUCCAUCUGUACAACUCUGGCUCCUGCUCGCGCUCUCUCUCUCUCUGUCUCUCUCUCUGUCUCUCUCCUUCCACCUCUUUGCCCAGAGCACCCAGGACAGCAGCCCGACCCUCUCCCACUGCCAUGGAAAUACACUGAUACCACAGACACUGGGGGGAACACGGAGCGCUGCUCAGCCUUGGCCACUUUCUGCUUUUCUGGCGUUUGGGAUUAUAUUCUGACCUGAUUCCUGUGAUGGAGGACGCCGGCGUUCAAAGGGGUAUAUGGGACGGAGACGCCAAGGCAGUCCAGCAAUGUUUGACGGAUAUUUUCACCAGCGUUUACACCACCUGCGAUAUCCCGGAAAAUGCUAUCUUCGGCCCUUGCGUACUCAGCCACACUUCUUUGUAUGACAGCAUCGCUUUCAUAGCGCUUAAAUCCACUGACAAGAGAACCGUCCCUUACAUAUUCCGGGUGGACACUUCAGCAGCAAAUGGCUCCUCCGAAGGUCUAAUGUGGCUCCGUCUGGUCCAGUCAGCCAGAGAUAAAGAAGAACAGAACCUAGAAGCUUACAUCAAAAAUGGACAAUUGUUUUAUCGGUCCCUUCGCAGGAUUGCCAAAGACGAGGAGUUACUAGUUUGGUACGGGAAAGAACUGACGGAAUUACUGUUGCUCAACACCGCCAGAUCCCACAGCAAGAUGAACGGGUCGCCCCCGUUCUCCUGCCUGGAGUGCAGCCAGCGUUUCCAGUUCGAGUUCCCCUACGCGGCCCACCUGCGGUUCCGCUGCCCCAAGCGACUGCCCAGCUCGGAGCCCGAGGAGCCGCGCGGCAAGGACAGCGGCAAGGAGCCCGCGGCCAGCCUGGGGCCCGGGGCCAACAAAUACUGCAAGCCCGGCGGGCCGCUCCACCCGAACUACCCCAGCCCCCAGGACAGCAACAGCAACAGCAACGCCAAGCCCUCCACGGACUUCCACAACCUGGCCCGCGAGCUGGAGAACUCCCGGGGCGGCGGCGGCUCCCCGCGCCGCAGCCCGCCCGCGCCGCCGCCGCCGCCCCCGGCCGGCGCGGGCAGCAAAGCCAAGCGGAAAUACCCGGAGGAGCCGGGCGAGGAGCGGGGCCAGGGGGCCGGCCGGGGCCGCUUGCCCUCCUCCCCCAAGGAGGACCUGGUGUGCACCCCGCAGCAGCAGUACCGGCCGGCGGGCAGCUACUUCGGCCUGGAGGAGAGCGGCCGCCUCUUCGGGCCGCCCAGCCCGGAGACGGGCGAGGCCAAGCGCAGCGCCUUCGUGGAGGUGAAGAAAGCCUCGCGCGGGCUGGAGGCCGAGGGCGGCGAGGAGGAGGCGGCGGCGGAGCAGCAGCCGCCGCCGCCGCCGCAGCGCGCCUCGCCCGCGGGCGCCGGGGACCCGCUGCUGGGCGCCCGGCCGGGCGGGCCGCUGUCCGGGGGCAGCCCGGCGCGGGGCAGCGCCUUCACCACGGUGCCGCAGCUGGGCAAGGCGGAGGAGCGGAAAAGCGCCUUCUCCCAGCCGGCCCGCUCCGCCUUCCCCCACGUGGCGCCGCUCGGGCUGGCCCAGAAGCUGGGCGAGCCCUGCCCGGAGGCCGCCGCCCGCCUCUACCCGGCCGACCCGCUGGCCGCCGAGCUGCCCGGCGCCGGCGGGGCGCCCAAGCAGAGCCCCUUCCUCUACGCCACCGCCUUCUGGCCCAAGAGCUCGGCGGCGGCCGGGCCGCUCCAGCUGCAGCUGCCCUCGGCCCUGACCCUGCUGCCGCCCUCCUUCACCUCGCUGUGCCUGCCGGCCCAGAACUGGUGCGCCAAGUGCAACGCCUCCUUCCGCAUGACCUCCGACCUGGUCUACCACAUGCGCUCCCACCACAAGCGGGAGUACGCCCUGGAGCCGCUGGUCAAGCGCCGCCGCGAGGAGAAGCUCAAAUGCCCCAUCUGCAACGAGUCCUUCCGCGAGCGCCACCACCUCUCCCGGCACAUGACCUCCCACAACUGAAUGCCCCCCGGGUGUAUAGUGACACACCCACACCCCCGCCCCAGUGCAACCCUCCCGGGAGCCGAACGCACCCUGGCCCUCCUCGGCCCUUCGCUGGGCAGGCACGGGGGGGGGGGGGGUCUGGAUCCCAGUGGGCCUACGUUUCCCAAGCUGAUUUGGGGUGUUUCAGAGAUGGGACCCGCUGCUGCUGGUGAGAGAGACAAGCUUACCUAGGGUGGCCAGAUAGAAAGUGUGAAAAAUGGAGGGGGGGGGGAAUAGGCUCCUAUACAGGAAGAAACCCCGAUUAUUGGGACUGGCCCGAAAAAAAUGGGGACAUCUGGUCACCCUAAGCUUACCCAGAGCUCUUCUUCAGGUUUUUUUUUGGGGGGGGGGUGGGUUUUUUUUAGCAACCCACCUGACAUGCCAAGGUCAGAUCCCCACUUGCCAAAAUUGGUCAACCUUCAUUGUCCUGGAUGGAGCUAUGAUAAUUUACAUCAGUGGAGGAUCUAUCUGGCCCUUGAUUUUCAGAAGGCAGAAGUGCCUAGUACUUUCUGAAAGUCAGGCCUCUUGAAGGUGUUUCUGUUUGAACAAACACCCCAAAUCCUUAGUCGCUUUUGAAAGUGUGGGCCUUUACCUUGCAACAUACCAGACCACCCGGGGGAAGGGUUGGAUUUUUUCUUUCUUUCUUUCUUCUGUUCGAAUGCACGCAUUUUCACUUUCCCAAAAAAAUAAAUAAAAAUAAAAAAACUUUAAAACUAAUAAAGUACAUUUUUUAAAAUGUCAUAUAUUGCAACAUAUUGAUGCAUUUGUCAUACCUUUCUACUUAAAUUAUUAAGCACUUAUGGUUUAGAUGUAAUAAUUAUAUGUAAGGGUAAAUUUUUAUUUUAGAUAUAAAGUAAAAAAAGGAAGGAGGAUGCAAUGCUUUCUGCAUUUGAUGACAGUUUGUGUUCUUUAAAAAAAAAUAAUCAAAGGACUUGACUCUAUUUAAGUUUCCAAGAGGGAAGUGCAUGUAUCAUGAAAUGAUUAUGGACUUCAGUGCAGAAUGUCCUCAAUUCUGUAAAUAUGUAUUUCCUUUUAAUACAAAGUGUAAUUUUGUGCCAGUGAAAUUAAGUCUGCAUAGUUAUGUGUUUCUUUUUUUCCCUUAAAAAGAUUUUAUUCAACUUUAUAGUUUAUCUGGGUAUGUUGGAUGCUUUGACAAUAAAUGACUUUAUUUUCUUCAAA